AUGAAAUCUUUCCUAUCUUCUCCCUCUUCCACUAAAGGAGAUAGGGAUCCACAGACAUUUAAAGCUUUAAUAAAGGAAUUUAGUGAAAGAAUACAGAAAUUUCCACUUAUUCCUCAAGAUAAAGAUUCUAUAGAACCGUUACUAGAGAAUUUUCAAGCAGCUGGAUUGAAUUUUCUCAAACGACAUGAUAAAUCAUUACUUCCAGGUUUGUAUGUAGCAUGGUCUAGCUUCAAAAGAGUUUUUCAAAAAUUUGCAAAGGCAAAUUACAUAGAUUUAGUUCAUAUUUAUAUCGAUUUUGAAGUUACCGAAUUCAAUAAGAUAUUGUCCGAAGUUAUUGAAAAUAUACAAACAGAUUCCAACGAAAUACAGUUAUUGAUGAAAGAUGCACCAAAAAGAGUUCAAAAAUUAUUCAAGACAAGUGAGAAAUUACCAACUCUUAUCAAUGAUAACAGUGAUGAUGGAUUUCGCGAUAUUGUUUCACAAGCAUAUCAAAUUUUCGAGAAAUUUAGAUCGCAAUUAUUGUCUCAGUACAAAGUUUUAUUUGAAGUUACAAAAAUUAGCAACUUUGACACAAAAGCCAAGUACUCCAUGGCUAAUUUUUAUAUAAAUAACUGCCUUGGAGUUUUACUUGAUCCAAAGACUCACAAACCAAUUAAAAAUUCGAUUACAUUCGAUAAUUACUGGAUAUUAGGCUUCCAUACUCCAAUUUGGAACGCAUUAAUAGAUAAAGCCGAAAAAACAAUUUCUAAACUAUUUGGAGACAUAUACACAGUAAUUAAUACAACACCACCUCCAUCACAGGUGUCACAGAAGCCAUAUCCAGAAGAUUCUGACUCAGAUUCUUCGGAUGAUAAAGAUAAUCAGAAAAAGGAAUAUCUUAGCAACGCAAAACUCGACACAAUCAGUCGCCAAAUCCGAGAACUUCGUGCUGUUGCUGAUAAUAUCCAAGACGACGUAAUAGAAGCAAAUCGAAAGAUUGAUCAGAACAAAAUCCAAGUUUUAACACGCGAACAAUUGGAAGAAGAGAACAAGAGACUUAAUUUAGAGAAAUCACAACUUGAUUCUUCAAAUAACCAGUUAAAUGACGAUAAACAUCGACUUCAAAGUCUUUUAAACAUAACUUUGCAAAAAAUGAAAGGAGACAAUCCAAGUGAAGACACAAACUUCACAGACGACAUGCUCAGUCUUCAGAGAGAACGUGAUGAGUUAUUCGCCAAAAAUAGCUAUUUGGAAAAACAGUUACAAAGAGAAAAAAUUCAUUCAACAAAAUUGAUGGCAGCAUCCGAAAUCGAAAGUUCUACAGUUCCUGCUGAUAAGAACAUUGAUGAUCUAUGGAAGAUGUACAUUGCUGUUGUGAAAGAGAAUGAAAACAGAAGGGAUAAAGAAAGAGAAGACAUGGAAACAAUUGUUCAAAUGAAAAAUGACUUAGAAAACAAAAAACAACUCGAAAGGGAUAAUGAUGAACUAUCAAAGACAGUGAUUAAACUGCAAAAUGAGUUAAAUGCUAAUAAAGUACUUAUGCAGAAGAUAAACAGUGAGCUUGGAUUCGAAAAAGUUGUAAAAAUGCUUAAUAAUUUAACAGAAUUAGUUUCAAAUGAUGACAAAGAAGAAUUAGUUCAAUUGAAAGAAGAAAACAAAAAUCUCAAAACAAAGAAUGAUAAAAGUAAAGCUAAAAUUGAGAAAUUAAAGAAAGAUCUUGAAGAUCUCAAACAAGAAAUCAAAGAAAGUCAAUCAAAACAUGGAGAAAAUCUUCAAAACAUGAUUGAAAACAAUAAAGAUAUUUCAAACAAAUUAAAUCAAUUAACUGCUGAAAAUGCAAAGUUAAAUUCCAUUUUGCAGAACUACGAGAAACUUAAACAAUCCAAUUCUCAACUGCAAAAUGAUUAUACAGCACUCCAGAAUAACAAUAACCAGUUGCAAAACAAUAUUUCUCAGUUGAAAGCUAAAAUUGAAAGUGCUGAUGCAAAUUCAAAGAAUUUAUCCGACCAAUUAUCAAAGAUGAGAGAUCAAAAUGAGUAUUUGAUUAAGCAGAAUCAUCAGUUGGAUAAUAAUAUAAGUGUUUUGGAAAGCAAACUCCAAGAGAAAGACAAUCUUUAUAAGAAUUUAUCAGAGCAAUUAUCAAAACAGAAAAGUCAAAAUGAUGACUUUUUGAAUAGAACUUCGAGUUUGGAAAACCAAAAACAAAACUACGAAAAAGAACUUAAGGAUCUCAAAGACAAACUCGAGGACCUCAACAAACAAAAUAAAGCUCUUAAAAAUGAAAAUGAUAAAAUGGUCACUUCACUUCACAACAUGGAAACUGCCAAAUCAUCAUUAGAAGGCAAACUUGAGAUAUCCGACAACAUGGUCAAAUCAUUGAAAGACCAAUUAUCAAAUUCUUCAUCGAUAUCGCAAUCGAACAAACAACUCCAAGACCUCUAUGAAAAUGAAAGAAAAGAAACUAAAGCAUUAAAUGAAAAAAUGGCAGCACUGAAACAACAAAUGUCACUUUUAGAAGUUAAAUUACACAAUACAGAGGCAGAAGGAGAGAAAAUGAAGAACGAGAACUUGAUGCUGAAGAGUGAAAAUGAUAAAUUGAAGAGUGAUUCAGAUAAAACAGCUUCACAAGUCGAGAAACUCGAAAAGGACUUGAAGAAAUCAAAGAAAGAUUUGUCUCAACUUGAAUCAGAUUUCGAAAAAAUUUCUGCAGAAAAUGAAAGUUUGCAAAAAAAAAUUGCUGAUAAGAACAAGCUCAAGAACGAGACAACUGAGAAAUCUACUUUGUUGGAACAGUAUAAGAAUGAUAACAAGAAGAAAGAUGAGAUAAUCAAUCAACUCAAAGAUAAAAAGAAGAAGAUUAAACAAGAAAAUGAACAAAAUAAGAAUAAUCUUCAAAAAGUGACAGUUGAAAAUACAUCACUUCAAAAAGAUUUGCAGAAAUCUCAGAAUGAUUUACAGAAAUCACAGAACGAUUUACAGAAAUCCCAAAAUGACUUGCAAAAGUUAACAACAGAAAAUGUAAAUCUACAGAAAGAUUUACAGAAAGUUCAAAGUGAUUUGCAAAAAUUGCAGCAAGAAAGAGAAAAAUUACAAGAAAAUAUGGAAAACAAGAACACACAGAUGAAAGGAGAUUUCGAGAAAAUUAGAGCUAAUUAUGAUAAGCUUAAGAGUGACUAUGAGAAACUGAAAUCAGACAACAAUCAGCUCCAGAAAGAAGCUGAUGAGAACAAACAAAAACUUGACAAAAAAGAAGAAAAAAUUCAAAAUCUCAAGCUCCAAAUCCAGAAUUUGCAGAAAGACCAGAGCUCAAUGAAGUCAUCUGAGAUACAGAGACUCCAGAAUGAACUAGAACAAAUGAAAGCAAACAACAAAUCACUUAAAGAAAACAUUGAAGCUAAGAAUAAAGAAAUUGAACAAAAUAAAGAGAAAAACAAAGCUCUUAAAUCGAAUUUGACUAAUCUACAGAACAAGAUCAAUGAAAUACAGAAUGCUUUGACAGGAAAGGACAAAGAGAAUCAGUUGCUUCAGAACGAACUCGCAAACAAAAACAAAGAAAUUCAAAAACUCAAAGAUGAUCUUGAAAAAGCUAAAAGUGACAAAAACAAAUCACAGAAUGAGAUUACAGAUAAACUUAACUCCAAACUCGAGAAAGUUAUGGCUGAGAAAGAAGAUUUGCUCAAACAAAAUGCAAAUCUUCAGGCAGAAAUGCAGAAACUCAAAGCAGAAAACGAAAAACUCAAAGGAAUCCUCAAAAAGAAGACUGCUUACAUCAAUGAUUACUAUGCACAGACUGUUAAACUUGAGCAGAAAUCAUUCGGACUCCAGAAAGAAGUUGAUUCUUUGGACGUUGUCAAGAAGAAAUUCGACAAACUUUACACAUCAAGAGAAGAAAUUGACAACUUGUUCAAAGAAUAUGGUAUACUUCAGAAGCUCUAUAAUGACCAUGUCGACAAAGACAAAUUAGUUCCUUACAAAGGAAAGGAUAUUGAAGUUGAGAAAAUGCCUGCUUUGAUAAGUGAAGUUAAAAAGAAAUAUGAAGACAAAUUAAACAAUUUUGAGAAACAAACUGUUUUAACAAUUUAUAAUGAGAAUGUUAAAUUAAUUCAGGCUUGCAACCACUAUAAGAAUGCAGCAGAGAUUUCUUUGCAGGAAAGAGAUGCAACAACGAAAUUAUUAAAUGACAUUAUUUUAGAAAAUGAAAAAUUAGUUAAUGGAGAAAAACCAUCAAAUGACCAAAAUAUUACACCUGAAAUGAAAGUUAGAUUGAAUAACUUAGAACAAGAAAGAACUCAGAUCUUGUCAUCCUUGGCUAAUGUUGAACAAACACUCAAAAUUAAGACUGAUAAAAAUGCAAAUAUUAUUAUGAGAUUGGAUCAAGCCAGAGAGUCAAUGGUGAAACAACUGUCUGAAGCAAGAUGGUGCUACGAUUUGGCUAAAGUUCCUGACGACCCACAGGCUUAUGUUGAUAAAAUGAAGAAUCAAAUAGCUCAGUCAGAUGAAUAUUACAGCGAAGAUGAUUCAAGUUCUUAUGAUUAA